CCAGGUCCGGGUCCGGGUCCAGGUCCGGUCCUUGCCGUCCCCCGGCCUGCCAGGGGCGCGGCCGGAGCCCCAGCCGGAGCCCCAGCCCCAGCCCAGUGUGUUUGUCUCCUCCGGCCCCCGGCGCGGGGGAAGGGGCUGGGACAGGCCGCCAUGAAGCGCAGCGAAGGGCCACAGCAGACGGCCACGGCGGCGGGAGGAGGAGGAGGAGCAGGAGCAGGAGCAGGAGCAGGAGCAGGAGCAGGAGCAGGAGCAGGAGCAGGGGACCCCUGGAAGGAGUGUGCAGAGGUGGCCGUGCAGCUGGCGCUCCGGGCGGGACAGAUUAUCAAGAAAGCCCUAACCGAGGAAAAACAUGUGUCCACGAAAACAUCAGCUGCAGAUCUAGUGACAGAAACAGAUCAUCUUGUAGAGGAUUUAAUUAUCUCAGAACUAAGGAAGAGGUAUCCCUCCCACAGGUUCAUCGCAGAAGAAUCUGCUGCUUCUGGCUCAAAAUGUGUCCUCACGGACAGCCCUACGUGGAUUAUUGAUCCUAUUGAUGGCACUUGCAACUUUGUGCACAGGUUUCCAACAGUGGCUGUCAGCAUUGGAUUUGCAGUUAAACAAGAGCUUGAAUUUGGAGUGAUAUACCACUGCACUGAAGAGCGACUGUACACUGGUAGAAGAGGCCAAGGAGCUUUUUGUAAUGAACAGCGGCUUCGAGUUUCCAGAGAAACAGAUCUUUCAAAGGCCUUGGUCUUAACAGAAAUCGGUCCCAAACGGGACCCUGCCACACUGAAGUUGUUCCUCAGUAACAUGGAGAGGUUGCUCCACGCCAAAGCUCAUGGGGUUCGGGUGAUUGGAAGCUCUACUUUGGCUCUGUGCCACCUGGCAUCUGGUGCUGCAGAUGCCUACUACCAGUUUGGUUUGCACUGCUGGGACUUAGCAGCCGCUACGGUCAUCAUUAGAGAAGCGGGCGGUAUUGUGAUAGACACAUCUGGGGGACCCCUCGAUCUUAUGUCAUGCAGAGUGGUUGCCGCAGGCACCAGAGAGAUGGCGAUGCUUAUAGCUCAGGAAAUACAGACUAUUAACUAUGGACGCGAUGAUGAGAACUGAAAAACAUGGAUAGCUGUUCAAUUCCAACCGUGAGGCUGCCUUUCUGGAAAUACUGUAUUCCGAGAUGGUUUCAUCAGAGUGCACAACUCGCUUAACAACUUGCUGUGGGACAGACAUUGUACAGUUCCUAACUACUCCACAAGAGAGACUUUUCAACUAAAGUGACGGCGCCUUUUUCAAUCUGCAUCUGUUUCAAUGGGGACGUGGUGUUUGGUUUUGGUUUAAUUGGUGGUUUGUCUCUUAAAACGCAAUCGUGAGUAGCAGUCGUACUCCAGUUCAGCAGGAGUUUUGCGUCUUUAGGACUGUACCAAAAGUCUCCUGUGACAUAUGCAAAGAUAAUUAAAUUUUAUUUUUUCAGAAAGCAGGAAUCAGGUAAUAAGCCUUAGAACUGCAGGAAGAGACAAGGUGGUUAAGGGUGUGCCUACAUCUCCUCAUGUUCCAAGGUACUUUAAAAUGCAAUAAAUAGCAAUGCUAUUCUUUUCUAACCAUGUCACUACCAUAAGUGUAUUUUGGGUGCUUGCCAAAACAAUUUGCCUAACGUGUUAGAAGCAAACUGGGGAAGGUACUGUUUAGAGAGGGUUGUAUUUUUAAAUGCAGCAUUCUCAGUAUUCAUUGUAUAUACAUAACUUUUCAGGGAUGUCGACAAAACAAACUAAAUGGUUGGUAAACUCGGUACUUAAGGUCCUAUGUAGGCCCCAGUCUAGGAAAUCUGGUAACUUGCCUUUGUCACAGAAUGACUGUAUUUGAUUAUCUGUUCAGUCUUUUUUUUCUUUCUUUUUUUGAGGGGAGGGAGGAUCCUGGGAGAUGAUAUUUAAGGUGGUCCAGGUUUAAAUUUGAUUAUUUUAAAUCCCAAAGGUGGGCAGCCAAGUGUUUGAUUUCUGAAACACCGAGUCCAAGUAAAUAUUUCAAGAGGAAUGGAAAAUAAACUCCCACACUUUAACCAU